AUGGCCCGCCAAUCCAGUAUCGAUCUAGACUCGCCCGACCGGCCGUUCGACAACAUCAUCAACUUCCGCGAUGUCGGCCGAACCAUCAACCACUUCUGUGGUGCGGAGAUUCUGAAGGAGGGCAUUCUCUUCCGCAGUGCCAGGCUGGACGAUGCCUCGGAACGGGAUACCCGCCGCCUAGCGGACGAACUGCACCUCAAAACGGUGAUCGAUCUACGCUCACAAACGGAGCACCAAAUGGCCACCCGCAAGCGCCGCGCGGAAAUCGCCAACGCCGGCGAAACCCCGUCCACCAUCGACCUCACCGACACGCCCGUGCCAGUCGACGCUGAUGAGCACAUCCUGCAGAUCCCAGACUCCCAGCGUUCCCUCAUCAGCCUCACCGGCAAGGCUUUCGAGCGUGCCCUGCUCGGCAAACUAGAUUGGUUCAGCUACCUACACGUCGUCAGCCUCGCGCUGACCGGCUACCGCGCCGACGCAAUCAAAAUCAUCGGUGAAACCGUCAUGCAACCCCGCGGCCUGAUCGGCCUCGGCCAAGACACACUGGACGUAAGCAUGGCCGAGUUCCGGGCCAUCUUCUCCACCCUCGCCGACGAGGCCGCAUAUCCCGUUCUCGUGCACUGCACCCAAGGCAAAGACCGCACCGGCAUUGUCAUCCUCCUCGCGCUCCUGUUAGCCGGCGAGAACGGGCGCGUCCCGGCGGAUGCGAUGGCCGACGACUAUGCGCGCUCGGAGCUCGAGCUCGUGCCGGAGUUCGAGGAGCGCAUGCGGGAGAUUCGGGUUCUGGGACUGGGGGCGGAUUAUACGCGGUGUCCGCCGAAUUUUGUGGAGGCGAUGACCGGGUAUCUGGACCGUAAAUACGGGGGUGUGAGGGAAUAUUUGGCGGCUGUGGGGGUAGAUGGGGGGAUGCAGGAACAAAUUCGACAGAACCUUUUGAUUCAGAGUUAG